UUAGGCUAUUUACCGUUGAUCUAGUGAAUUAUAUGUAAAAUAGAAUCAUGUUAAUUGUUUGAGAUUUCAAGAAGCUGGGGUGAGAGUCUAGAUGGCGGGUAUUUGUUGAGUGUUAGGACGCCAUGGUUCGCUGAAGGCAAAGUGGAAACGUUCUGGAAUCUCAUGGGUUUUUGAAUGAUGGCGAUAGAAUGGUUUGUCGUAUAGAUAGAACAGCCGGCCCGAGCUUGACAAAGGACGCAUUGUGCUCACUGAAGGAGUAGGAAUGAUAUAAAAGGGGCGAAUUGCAAUGCAGAAUGACAAGAAACCUGACCUGGUCACAGCACAAAGAUUUGGGAACUGAACAGUAAAAAUCAAAGCAAAAGGAACAAUUGUGCAAGGAUUAGAAUGCCGGCUUUGAUGAAAGUAUGGUUUAUUAUCUACGUGAUUAUCUUUUGCCUACCGCGACUUUAUGCUUUCUCUGACAAACCAGCCGUAACGCUGAACUUCGCCAAGGACUCCUACAUUACYUAUAAGCUUGCUACAACCAUUCGUUCCCGUCAAGACAGGAUCAAAUUGUUGUUUCGCACUAUUAAACCUUCUGGACUUCUGAUGCACGCUGGAGACAAGCACGGGGAUUUUAUUACUCUGGAGUUAUAUCGCGGCAGACUAAGAUAUACAGCCAACUUAGGAACCAUAGGGAACAACUCUGGAUAUCAUGAAAUCUUCUACGGUGAGAACUUAGCUGAUAACGAAUGGCAUCAAAUUGACUUGUACCGAGCUGGGAAGAACAUCUUAAUGUUCCUGGACAACCAACGCAAAACUUCAAAAGCUAACGGGAGCUACGCAACACUAGAAAUAGACGAUGAUGUUUACAUUGCUGGAGUAAGCCAAGCUGCAUUUAAAAGAGCGCAAACUUUAUACAACCGAAAGGAACCUUUCAUCAACUUUGAAGGUUGCUUGGAUCACAUAUUACUCAACAGGUGGAAGUUGGCAGAAUUAACUAAGCAUGGCGACAGCAAUAUCACAAUCCAUGGCAACGUAUCUAUUGGCUGCCCUAGUAACGACUAUUCACCAAUCACAUUCAAGCAUUCACAAUCACACGUCAUUGUCACUACGUCAACAUACACGAACUCAUUGUCCUUUAGUUUCAAAUUUCGCACGUACGAGACAGACGGACUGCUGGCAACACACAUAUCAAAAGGUCUUAAAGGAGCUGAUGUUAGACUCUGGUUGAUCGACAGCCGAAUCAAACUCGAAGUAUCUUUUCUACAUCGAUUCACACAGUUAGCGUUAAACGCUGGUGACGCACUCAAUGACGGGCUAUGGCAUUCAGUAUCGGUAUUUGUGAGUGGCAGUACUAUACUAUUGGAACUAGACGGUAAAGAACACCACCAUGGCGUCGAACCAGCCCGUAGUUUCACUAACAGCUUGCAAGUCAUGUUUGGUGGAUCAGCAUCUGAYACUGUAGGGCUGGUUGGAUGCAUUAAUGAUAUCUUCGUGCAAAGAGUCAAGAUCAACGCCAGUCAACAUACAACUUCUGAUGUUUUAUUUAACAAAUGCAUACCUAAUGAUCGCUGUUUUCCUAAUCCUUGUCACAAUGGCGGACGCUGCACGCAAAGACAAGCAGAAUUCACGUGUGAUUGUUCAAGAACUAACCAUACAGGACCAAGGUGUUAUCAACCAAUAACUAACAAGGAAAGCUGUCAGGAUUGGAAGAAUGCAGGGAAGACAACGGAUGGCUAUUACUGGAUAAGUCCUAAUGGUGUUACAUCAUUUCGAGUGUAUUGCAGAAUGCACGAUGCCGAGGAGACGGUCACUAUCAUUAAACACACAAACAUCGAAGCACAAGAAAAGGCUUAUCGUCCUUCAACCAGAAAACAAGGUUUUUAUUUCCAUCCCAUACGCUAUAAGAUUGAUUUAGCAAGAAUUCGUGCACUCAUCGCAAAGAGUUCCCAUUGUCGACAACAUCUAAGAUACAACUGCUUAAACUCUCCUCUAUUUGAUUCUGCGCACGAAUUCAAACUGGAAACGGGCCGCGGUGCACGAUGGAUAUCACGUGAUGGUAAAACUAUGGACUACUGGGCAGGUGCAAAACCAGGAAGUCAAAAAUGCGCGUGUGGGCUGACGGGAACGUGUAUACGUCAUGACUUAGCUUGUAACUGUGAUGCCUGGGACGGUGUUUGGAGACGUGAUGAAGGCUACAUCAUCGACUCCUCAACGCUACCAGUAACCAACAUUAAAUUCAGUGUACGAGGAACCAGUAAAAGUUCUAACUUUACUCUUGGAGAUCUUGAGUGUUUUGGGAAAAAAGAGCUUCCGACUACACAAGCACCAUCUACAAUUACUCGAGACUUCACAUCACAUAAAUCAACUUUCUUCCUAAAGACAGAAACUCCAAAUACCAUCAGAACAACAAAACCACCAACGCCCGAUAACACAACUGUUAUUGGUAAAACCACAAAAACUGACGAGUCGACAUUCGGACCUCCGAUCGACAAUCCACCGCGCAUAGUCAUCAUUGAAUCUCAAGGAAAAUACAUCACAAUUCGAGAAAAUGAACACCAAGAACUUAUUCUGAUUAUCCUGAGCGUUAUACUUGCAGUUUUUAUUAUUGCUAUUAUUGUUCUUAUGGUAAGACAAAACCUAUUUUUGCCUUGUAAAUGUAUCGAUGGUCCGGCCUAUCGCGACGUGAACCAUGUUGACAGUGUUGAACUCGGUCCUCCAAGCUCUCUCUUCACAAAUGUUGAUACUGAAGUCAUUGAGUACGAAACAAGUCCUUACCCCUUGCGAGGUAUGAACGGUGUCCUCAUCAACUCCACACGACGACAUGAAUCAUCCAUUCACGUAAAUAUGCUGGAAUCCAUUGACGAUACGGAUCGUCUUCAUCUUAGCGGUGGAAGUUCAUCAUCAGACUGCGAUGAAAAGGAAGAUUGUAACAAAAACAAAUGCGAAAGCCCUGACUACGAAGACAUUGACUGCCUGGAAAUGGUACUGAUGACGUCACCGCAGGAAAUGAUUGAAAUCAAAGUAGAAAAGUUAAAAGAAGCUUUGUACGAAGUCAUAUCGGCCUCUGAGGUGAAUAUUAACAAUAACCCCGUUACCAAGGAAACUAGAGAUGACAUCAUCCAAGAGGAUGAGAAUUUUAACAAUACACUGAGCAGCAGCGGUAUGCAGUUCUCGCGUCCUCCGUCUUAUCAGGAAAUUGAGGGGGAUACCGAGGGAGAGUGUAGCUCGAGUCAAGAGACGCAAUCUGAUAGUACGCAUGCUCAGAGCAGUACAUCGGCGUCUAGCAGUUGGGACGAAAACUCGGAUUACGAGGAUAUGGACAACAUAGACAUGCAUCAUCAUAGUCCUUUAUAUAAUCAUUGUACUGUCGAAGUAUUAUCGAUUGAUAAAAACGAUCACAUAUCGAUUAACGAUCACUACGUAAACAUUUAUGACUCACCAGAUAACACAUUCCAACGCGAAAGCUCUACACAUCACCUGAACCGUGUACAGGAAAGACUAGAAGGUCAGCCUUUAAUCACAAAAACUUCAUCGUCCAAUCAAAACGCAUUAAAAACGUCAAUACACAGAAAUGAACCAAUCACAGCACAUCACGUAAGUGACGUUCUGCUGACGCAAUCAGAUAGUGAAACCAUGCCGACAGACGCUGAUCACAAUGAUUGUGAUUUCAGAAGGUCAGACAGCGACGAUUCACAAUAAAGUGUGGAAUAGGCAUGUAAACAAGCUGAGGCAUUUUGUUAAAGGUUGAUAAACAAAACAAUCUUACAAUGAGGGUCUUACAAUUGAGAGAAUGGUGAUCUUUCUUUGAGAUAUUAGAAUCAAAYGGUGACGCAUCUGAAAGAAUUAACACAAUUUUCUCACCUCAAGAUUACUAUUUAAUGCUAAGGCACAUUACUUGGUUACUAUAACACUCGACAACAAACGCUGAUUGCUAUGGUAACCAAUGCGCCAAUCAUAAUUCUGUUAAGCAAAUGUUCAAAUUAUAACUGCAAUAUAGAAUAGCGGCUGAUAAUAGCAAUAUCAGUCUUUAAGGAUUAAGCCCGCGAUGCAUCUGCCCUGCUGCUUCGGCCGGUACAUCGUGUAUUAGUAAUACUACAUAUCCAAUUUGAAAAUUCAUAACAUUUCAACAUAGCUACAGCAUACAAAUUAAUACAUGAGGUACCGCCCUGCUCUCGCCCCUAUUGGCGUUUUGUUUGCAAGCAAUGCAAAUACAAGAAGCGCUUGUGCGCAUUUUAAGUUUGGCGCGCUUUUCAGGCUAGCUGCAACCGCGCGCGCAAUUUUCAGAUUGAAUGACUUAUUGAUAGAUGACGUCAUUAGAACGGUCAGUAACAAUAAAAACGUACUAAAAACAGAGCCCCGGGGGGUCUAGAAUUUGUUAAUAGAAUAGAAACUUUAUUAUGGAAUUGUAAAUUUGUUAUAAAGCUAUUUAGAUUAAAUUAAUACAUCAAUAACUCAAUAAACAAUGUUUCUAUAUUA